AUUUGGAGGAACAAGAAACAUCUCCCGAAAUACAAUACCCAUUACCUUCAUCAUUUUGUGUUAGUUUCCGUACCGUCUCGACCCUGUGCGCUUCAUUUGUGUUUGAAACCUGUCGUCUCCUGAUGAUGAUUGUUGGAAAUAAAAAUGCGGUCGACGUUGACCAGAAUGAGAUGGGUACUGGUGGUGUGCAAUACAAACCAAAGGACUCCAAACUCGCGACAAGUCCUCAAAAACCAUCUCGUUGUAUGUUCAAGAACCUUCUCUUUGGUCUGAUGGCCCUGUUCUCGCUCAGUGUAGUCGCUUUAAUGACAUGGAUAAUCUCUAAGAGUUCCUAUCAGGUGAAAGCGAGUGAUACACCUGUGAAUGACGUCAUUUCAUCCUCAUAUCUUCUCUCGAAGAUAGACGUGUCUGUCGACCCUUGCGAUGACUUUUACCAGUAUUCCUGCGGCUCCUGGGUACAGAGUCAGUGGAAAGAUGAUGUCUCUGUGAUUGAUAAGGAGAAUGCUCGGUACGAAGAAAGAAUCAAGAAGUAUCUGGCUGAAGAUAUCCUUGACAGUGACCUCGUGUCUUAUAAAAAUGUCAAGACAAUGUAUCAGGCUUGUAUAAAUAAUGGAGAAUCAGAUUUGACGGAUAAUGACGCGUGGAUAAAACGACUGUUUGAUUUUACGACAAUUGAAGACGUGAUGAAUUUUGCCGCCGAACUCGGAUAUUUUGUUUUCUAUGAGGUCAAUGUCGAAUGGGGUCCUCUAAGCAUGAAUCCCGUUGCGAGAUAUGCCUGGAACAUUCAUGAGGACAAUAUAGAAGAUAUGAUAAAAGACUUGCCUGAAGAUUUAGGACAGAAAGAUAAUAUCAUGAAGUAUGUGGAAACCAUGAAAUCCCUCGCCCAAAAAUCAAAUGUUGGCACGACAAUCAGCGAGUUCAUUACUAGAACAACAUGUGCUAACUUAACAGAGCACUUCCAAACGUUUGGUUUGAAACCAUCUGAUGAUAUACAAGCUCAUCCAGACCUCAUCGACACAACAGAACAGUUCUUCACUGAUAACCUCGCUGAUGGAGACGAACUGUUUAAAUUCGCUAAAACGUACGCGGGGAUCUUGUUCCAGCAGCGGUACACCAGAUUGGCGAGAAGAGAGAGAAACCAUAUGUUCUGUUAUACUUAUUUUACGUCGAGUUAUUUCGGUUUCACUGUUGGAUCUCUAAUGCUUGCCAGGGAAAAUAUUAAUUACACGGAAACUUUGAAGACUGUACAAGAAAUGGUUUCUAUCAUUACAGAGGAGUACAGGCAAACCAUAAGCGAAAGUAAUUUACUUAGCCAGGAGGGAAAAUCUUCUGCUAUCAAAAAACUGGAUAACAUUGAAAUCUUAUUGGGAGCAGCGCCCUGGAUAAAGAAUGACACCCACCUAAAGAAGUUAAACUAUGAUGGGGAACUGAACGAUGUUAUGUCCUUCUUAAAAAUGUACAAAAUGGUGGACACAUUUCACCAGAAGAAAAAAAUACAGUCCAUUCUUCAUCCUCCAGUUUCAGACUUAUGGGAAGUUACCAUGGGCCCACAAAUCUCUCUAAAUGCAGCAUACUACCAAGACGGGAAUGCUAUCAGUGUCCCUAUCGGCGCUUUUAUUCCUCCCUAUUUCGAUUCAAGAUGGCCACUACCGAUGAAGUUUGGAGCACUUGGUUCGAUCAUAGGUCAUGAAAUUACCCACGCGUUUGAUCAGAAAGGUAUGCACUACGAUUCAAAGGGCUUACAGAAUGACCUGUGGAGUUCUGAAGAUGCGGAGAGUGUGAAAAAUGAGCAGAAUUGCCUAAUUAAUCAGUACAAUGGUUUUGGACACCAGAACUUCAAUAUUAACGGAACGUUGACCUUAGAAGAAAAUUUUGCUGAUAAUGGUGGAUUGACGGUAUCCUAUCGGGCGUAUAAGAAUGCUGAUAAGAAGGGGAAACCGUUCAAGAUUCACGGGUUAGAUUUGACGUCUGAUAAACUAUUCUUCUUGUCGUAUGCUCAGAUAAGGUGUAACAAUUACAGUAUGGAUAAGUUGGAUUACGAAUAUUAUGAUAACCCUGGCAACAUAUACAGCCCUCCAGAUUUCAGGGUGACCGGACCUAUCAAGAAUAAUCGCCAUUUUUCGAAAGCAUUCUCUUGUUCAUCAAAUUCUAAAAUGAUUGAUUCAUCGAGGUGUAGGACAUUAUAGUUCACUAUUCUAUCAUAAAGACUGUACGCUACGCUAAGAAAUGCCAUGAAUUCGAAAGGGAAGAAAAAGCCAAUACAUAUCUGGAAGUUUGGGAUCUUGACAGUGCUAAAGAACGAGAAUCAGCAAAAAAAAGUAUAGAUCUAGAGAUCAUCAGCUUCUUUGUGACAAGGAUACUGAACAAAAC